CCCAUAAGUAAUAAUACUUCCACAAAUUUUUUAAAAUUCCCUUUAAGAUCGAAAAUGUCUCAUGAACCGCAUAAGCCCGACAAACAGCCAAAAAAGGAGCCUGCAGUUUUGAGUGAAGAGACCAUCACCACGGACAAAUGCCUGGCGGACUUUUGCAUGAAGGGCGGAAGUGGUUUGAUAAUUGGCAGCGUUUUUACCUUAUUUUUUACGCGCCCACAAACCUAUCCGAUUUGGCUGGGCCUCGGAUUUGGGAUGGGCAUGGCCUAUGACUGUUGCCAGGCCCGUUGGAAUGAACAAUAAUAUUCAAAUGAUCUAAGCUUCAAUAAACGUAGGCCUUCUGUAAAGAAA